AUGUCUUUACGACCCGAGGACCAUCGCUCAUCGCGCUCAAGGUCCAAAUCGCACUCGCGACGUGACCGAUCGCGUUCACAUAGCAAUGUGCGAAAAACACACAAUGUUACUCCGGACAGGCCUGCAGAGUAUGUCUAUGCCAACACCCCUGCCUCGGUACCACGUCACAUUUCACCGGUAGUAACCAUGCCCACGAUGCCCGCCAUGCCGGGUGAUUAUGACGACGAGUAUACCGUCAAUCCUGGAAGCAAUUUGCGUAGCGAUGGGCAGCAUUUACCAUACCCUGUUGUGGGACAGCUGCCUUACCCGACUGUACCACAGGAGAUUGAUAUGGGCGACUACAAGGAUUUCCCGCCGCACGAACGGCCUGGGUAUGUUGCGUCUAGGGAUGCACAUGAUGAUGACUCUGAUCUGGCGUAUGGGACUCUGCCUUUGCCCGAGACCAGAAGGGGACGCGGUAGCAGUGUGAGUAGCCUGCGUGCUCCCUCUCCAUCAGGCUAUGCGUCUACCUCUUAUCGGUAUCCUGCAUCUGGCGGCCCUCAGGAAUCGCAGUAUACCACAUCCAAGCCUCCAUCUGGACAGUCUCAGCAGUAUCAGUAUUCUCAGCCUAGACCUGAUCAGCCAUCAGCACGCCAUGACUACAAUACUCAAACAUAUGGCCCAGUUGCUGGAAAGCAACCUCAGACCUCUCUCAAAGCUCAAACAAUCGAUGUGACGCCUGGUAUCUCCAAGCAGACCAAUCUUGGUCUGACAGUGCGUAUGGAUCGUUUGUCGGUCAGUGGCAAUCGGCCAGACAUAGCUGGAAUAUUGCCUCCACCUAGUCCAUUGCUAGAAGCAUAUCGUGGAACCUAUCAAUCCGUAUCUCCAAUGAUAGCACCGAUGAAGUUAUCUUCGGACAGUGAUCUCGACAGACUGUCCUCGCUUUCACCCGGCCCAUCGUCCGACAGCAAGCAUCACAGACGAUCCAGGAGCAGUACCAGCAAGAUCGACUUUGUCGGCUCUGGCUCAGAGGCCAACGCCAAAGAGCCCAAAAAGCGAGCCAGACUCUACGAUGCCGAAAAAGACGCACUGGCUCUCAACGAAGCAAUCUCGCACCACAGAAUUGACAUCGACACAAUCUGCAAGAUCCUUCCUAACCUAACACACGACCAAGUUCUUGAGCUUCGCAAAGAGUACAAAAAGCACAUCAAGGUCCAAGGUCGAGGCAUCAACAUCGCCAAACACAUGAAGAUGAAGCUCUCGGGCAACUUUGGCAAAGCGGUAUACGUGUGCGCGCUCAGCAGAUACGAGAGCGAAGGCUACUGGGCAAACUUCUGGUAUCAGUCGCACAGCAGCCGGCGCGAGCUACUGAUCGAAAGCCUGAUGGGUCGCAGCAAUGCCGAGAUCAGACAGAUCAAAGAGUCGUUCAAGGAUAAACGCUACAACGACGACUUGGUCAGGUGUAUGGAGAAGGAGCUCAAGCCAGACAAGUUCCGUGUUGCUGUGCUGACCGCACUCGAGGCCAGAAGACAGGAGGAGAAUGAAGUGUAUCCGAGACAAUAUGUCGACAAGGAUGUUGAUGUCUUGAACAGAUGUCUGACAGCCAAGGAAGGCGGAGAAAGCACAAUGCUGGAGGUUGUGGUUAAGAGGAGUGAUGCACAUUUGCGAGAGGUGUUGAAGACAUAUGAGCGUAGACAUGGUGUCAAUUUUGCAAGGGAAGCACUGAGGAAAAGCAAUAAUCUGGUGGGAGAGGUAAUCUGCCACAUCCUCAACGGGGCAAUCAAUCGACCAGCACGAGACGCUCUCCUCCUCCGCCACGCUAUCGACGACAUCAGUUCCCACAACCGAGACGAAGAGUUACGCUACGAGCUGCUCAUCUCAAGACUAAUGAGAGUGCAUUGGGACCAUGCACAUCUAAGUCGUGUAAAGCGCGAGUACGCGGAAAAGUACCGCAAGAACCUCGAGCAUGAUAUCGAGGACGCGACCAAAGGUGAUUUCAGAGAGUUCAUGUAUGAGAUCUGCAAG